AUGCCAAAGACUAGGUCGCAGAGGAAUGCUGGCGGAUCCAAGGGGACCGAGCGAAGUGGCCCCCAAAACCCCUCUCGGGGUCCCACACCCGGAGAAGGAGGGGCAGGGCCCUCACGAAUCCCGCCUGAACAACUGGUUCAGACGGUGGCAGAAAACCUGCCCACCUUCGAGGCAAUCAUGGACUACCUCAAGGGGCAGUCGGAAGGUCAUCAGGACAAGGAGACAAAGGUUCAGGGAGCAGAUCAGUCCGAGUCCCGAACUGGAAGUCCCACCAAAACUGGGGCCAAGCGGGCACGCCGGGAGGUCACGCGUGAGCAAGUCGAGGUCAUGGAGCCUUCUCACAAGAACUCCCGAACUGAACACCCGGAGCCCGUCCGGAGGCUCCCCAGGGGAGACCUCUCCCCCCGGAAAGAACGACAGCAGGUGCAGGACGAACUGGACCUACUUCUGGACCCGGAAGCGGACAGGUACAUUGCUUCCCCCUUUGUGCUCGAUAUCGAGGAAUACCAACUGCCUGCGAAGUUCAAAAUUCCAAACAUGAAACCUUACGACGCAACCACGGAUCCGGAGGACCACCUGUUCGUGUUCAUGACGCAGAUGCGUUUACAAACCGCCGCGGAUGCAGUCAGGUGCAAAACCUUCCCAAUGUUCCUAGAAGGAAGGGCCCGGCAGUGGUUCCAGGGACUCCCCCCUAGGUCGAUCAGUUCUUUCACUCAGCUCGCCCGGCAGUUCUCAGCACAGUUCGUUUCUUCGCGAGCCUACUCUAAAAGCACCGCUCACCUCAUGACUAUCCAACAGAAGCCCGAGGAGUCCUUGCGUGAGUACAUGGUGCGCUUCAAUAAUGAGUCCCUCCAAGUUCGAGAUCGCGACGACAAGGUGGUCAUGGCCGCCUUCAUCAAUGGGCUGCGCAAGCAAAAGCUGUACACCGAGCUUGUGGAGAGACCUCCCAAGUCAGUUCGGGAGAUGCUGGACCGAGCCCAUGAGAAGGCCAACGCGGAGGAGGCCAAUCGCCUUAAGAGUGCACAGGAAAAAUUGAGGGAUGACAAGCGCAGGAGGGGCGCUGACCAGGUGAGGGCGCGGCCUGACCAGGGAAGGAAGAUUGCUUAUGACCGUCUCCCCAGGAGCCGCCCAAUGGGAGAGGACAAGUCUUGGACUGGUCUCACGGCACCUAGAGCUCGAGUACUCGCAGUGAUGGAGCAGGAGGGGCUAUCCCGACCUCCUCGGCCCUUGGCCGGGGACAAAAGCAGACGGGAUCAAGGUCUGUAUUGCGCCUAUCACCGGGAUGUGGGGCACGAUACGGAGGAUUGCCGUCACCUCAAGAAAGAUAUUGAAAAGCUGAUCAAACGAGGCCAUCUGGGGCAAUUCGUACGAGAGGAACGAGCUGACCAACAACGGGGAAGGCCCAGGUCGGAACGUCCGAGUUACUUCCGGGACCGACCUCAGUUGCCCCGUGGCCGAACUCCCGAGCAAGAAAUACAGAACCUGGCAGGGGUAAUUAAUACUAUUGCCGGGGGACCUGCUGGCGGAGAUAGCCAUGCAGCUCGGCGGCACAAUCGCCCACCUCCCACGGGGGAGAGCUCGGCCAAGCGAUUGAAGAUGUAUGAGGAAAUAAUCUAUGGACCUGAGGACGCAGUCCCUUUGGCCUCUAAUAAUCAUGAAGCCAUUGUAAUAGAAGUCAUCACCUGUAACUUCAAGGUAAGGAAGGUGUAUAUAGACAACGGGAGUGCCAUAGACGUGCUUUAUUAUAAGACCUUCAAGGAGCUGCAGCUGGAGGAUAGACAGCUCGUACCGGUUCGAACUCCGUUGAUCGGCUUUGCUGGUCCUCCUGUGAGGCCGGAAGGGAUGAUCACUCUCCAGGUCACGGUGGGGGUGGCCCCGAGGUGCCGGACGAUCCCGGUAAAUUUCGCGGUGGUUAAGGAGCCGUCAUCCUACAACAUGAUCCUGGGACGUCCCACGUUGAAUGCCCUCCGGGCUGUUUGCUCUACCUUGCACCUCAGCAUGAAAUUCCCUACUUCUGAUGGGGUGGCUGAGGUGCUGGGAGACCCAGAGGUGGCAAGGGCGUGUUAUAUUGCCACCCUCAAGGGUAAAGAAAAACUGGUAGCUCAGACAAUUUGUCUGGAAUCCUGGGAACCCCUGGAGAAGGGAGAAAGAUUGGAGACAGACGAGGGAUUGGCCGAGCUGCCUGUUCAGCCUGACCGACCUGAGCGCACAGUAAAGGUCGGCGCCGGCCUGGGUGAGCUGAUCAGAAGUUCUUUGGAAUCUCUCUUGGAGGAGUACGCUGAGAUUUUUGCUUGGAGUGCUGAUGACAUGCCAGGAAUCCCCACCGAGCUGGCAGUCCACAGGCUACAUGUGGAUCCCAACGUCCGGCCAGUAAAGCAGAAGAAGAGGAACUUCGCUUCUGAGCGAAAGGAGGUCGUCAAGAGCGAGGUGGGAAAGUUGCUGGAGGCUAAGAUCGUUAAGGAAGUCUACUUUCCGACCUGGCUGGCCAAUCCGGUGCUGGUCAAGAAAGAAGAGAAAGCUUGGCGGAUGUGUGUGGAUUUCACUGACUUGAAUAAGGCUUGCCCAAAGGACUAUUACCCACUCCCACGGAUUGAUCAGCUCGUGGACUCGACAGCGGGCUAUGAGAUCUUCUGUUUCUUGGACGCCUUUAAGGGGUACCAUCAGAUAGCCCUAGACGAGGAGGAUCAAGAGAAGACCUCGUUUAUCACCGAGGACGGAACAUAUUGUUAUGUUACCAUGCCGUUUGGGCUAAAGAACGCAGGUGCGACCUAUCAGAGGUUGGUGAACAAGCUGUUUAGAAAUCAGAUCGGUCGGAACCUGGAAGUCUACGUGGAUGAUAUGUUGGUAAAAAGUCGGACCCAGGAGCAGUUCAUCUCCGACCUGAGGGAAAUUUUCGAGGUCCUUCGGAGCUCACGAAUGCGGCUAAAUCCCAAAAAAUGUACUUUUGGGGUCAGGUCGGAAAAGUUCAUGGGCUACAUGAUUUCUAAGGAAGGGGUGAGAGCUAACCCAGAUAAGAUCAAGGCUAUCAUGGACAUGGCUCCACCCCGGAAUAUUAAGGAUGUGCAACGCCUAACGGGGAGGAUGGCAGCCUUGAACAGGUUCCUGUCCAAGUCGGCAGUUCGGGGGUCGCCUUUCUUCACAGCCCUGAAAGGAGGUCGGCAGUUCGAGUGGAAUCUGGAAUGCCAGAGGGCGUUCGAUGAGCUGAAAAUCCACCUCGCUCGGUUGCCAGCCCUAACAUCUCCCGAGUUGGGAGAGACCCUGUUCAUCUACUUGGCUGCGGGUGAGGGAGCUGUUAGCGCGGUGCUGGUGCGAGAGGAGAACAAGGUACAGAAGCCCGUAUAUUAUGUUAGCCGCGCCCUGCAGGGGGCCGAGGCCAGGUAUUCGGCGGUGGAGCGAUAUGUUUUGGCAUUAGUACACGCAGCACGGAAACUCAGGACGUACUUUCAAGCUCACCCCGUAGUAGUCAUGACGGACCAGCCCCUGAAGCAGAUCCUUUCCAAACCCGAGUCCUUGGGUCGAAUGGUGAAAUGGGCUGUGGAAUUGUCCGAAUACGACCUGGGAUAUCAGCCCAGGACGGCCAUCAAAGCCCAAGCCCUGGCGGACUUCAUAGCGGAUGGUGUUUCCUUUGGAUUGCCCGAAGCGGAGGUCGGUCAGGUCAGGGAUAUACAGGCCGGGAAAGAGGGAGAAGAUACUAAAAAGGCACAUAAUGGACAAGCAGCAAAGCCCUUACAGACCCCAAAGACUACCAAGGCCACUCAGGCCCGAGAAGCAGUAGAGGUCUUACAGGCCGGAGACGCUGCUGAGGUCAUCCAGGCCAUACAGGUAGCGGAGGAUGGACCGUCCGAAGAAGCAGCUGAGGCCCAGCAGGCCGAAGAAGCUGCCAAGGACAGGCAGGCCGGAGAAGCGACUGAGGUCGAACGGACCCAAGGAACUGCCCAGGUCGGAAAGACCAAGGGGGCAGCUAAGGUCGGGCGGGCCGAAGAUGCCGUUGAGGCCACGCAUCCAGAAAAAGCGGUCAAGGCAGACCUGUCUGGGGAGGCUGCCCAGGCUAGAAAGGACACAGAAGCUGCAGAUCCCACCUGGACAUUGUACGUGGAUGGCGCAUCAAGUAAGGAAGGAUGUGGUGCAGGGCUCUUCUUAAUUAGCCCCACUGGGGAGGAGCUGCCCUACGCCCUAAGGUUCGAUUUUAGAGCCUCUAACAACGAGUCAGAGUACGAGGCUCUGAUUGCGGGGAUGGAGAUGGCCCGAAGGUUGGGGGCCAGAUCGAUAAAAGUCUACAGUGAUUCACAGCUGAUAGUGAACCAAGUAGGGGGGAGCUAUGAGGUCAAAGAAGGCUCACUAAGAAAGUACGUGGCUAAAACAUGUGAACUGAAGGGUCAGUUCAAGCAGUUCACGCUCGAGUAG